CACAAAGAAAAAAACAAAUUAAAGAAAUAAACAAAUAACAAAUAAUGGAUCAAAGUGAAGCCAUUUCAACAUUUCAACAAAUAACAAAUGCUUCAGAACCAGAAGCAAGAUUUUAUUUAGAAAGUCAUAAUUGGGAUUUAGAGGAAGCUACUCAAACUUACUUAUCAACCAAUGAUGUUUCAAACAUAACAGACGAUAAUAAUAAUAUUAGCAGUAAUAAUAAUAAUAAUAAUAAUAAUAAUAAUAAUAAUAAUAAUAAUAAUAAUAAUGUAAAUAGACAAACAAGUUCAAAUAAACCACCAUCAUCAUCACCACCAAAUAAAUCAACAAGCUCAUCAAACAGAGGUGGAAUUAGAACAUUAUCAGAUUUUAAUAAUGAUGACCACGAUCACGAUCAUGAUGAAGAUGAUGAAGAUGAUGAAGAUGAAGAUAAAACCCAAAGAUAUUUUACUGGUGGUGAAAAGAGUGGUCUUAUGGUAGAAUCAGCCCCAAAGAAUAAAGGCAAAAGCGGUGACAUUGUUAAUGAUGUAUUUGAUAGUGCUAAAAAACAUGGUGCCGUCGCAGCUCACGAAAAAAAAGUUGAAAAACCAGAAUCAUUUGAUUGUGUUGGCUAUCAAUUAGGAUCAACUGAUCAAGGCAACCGUGGUGUUUCAAAACCAAAAGAAAAAGACCCAAAGGCUGUUGAAGUUAAAGUUACUUUUUGGAAUCAAGGUUUCACCAUUGAUGAUGGUCCACUUCGUCACUAUGACAAUCCAGAAAAUAAAGAAUUAAUUCAAGAUAUUCAAAGAGGUGUUGUUCCACGUGAACUUCAAAAGAGAGCCACAACUCCAAAUGGUCUUAGUGUAACUUUAAUUAAUAAUCACGGUCAAGACUAUGUCGAACCACCAAAACCAAAAUAUGUAGCAUUCUCUGGUGGUGGUCAAUCUUUAGGUUCAUCCAGCACCACUAGCUCCUCAUCCAAUACCGGUAGCACCACAACAACCACUACCACAUCAUCAGCCCCAGUUUCAAUUGAUUCCUCACAACCAACCACCACUCUUCAAAUUCGUUUAUCCAAUGGCGGUAGACUUUCAAGCACAUUUAAUCAAACCCAUACUAUCCAAGACGUUAUCAACUAUAUCAAUAACUCUACAAGUUCAUCCCAAAGCUAUGAUCUUUUAACUGGCUUCCCACAAAAACCAAUUACAUUACCAUUUUCAACUACAUUAAAAGAUGCCAAUUUAUUAGGUGCCUUAUUAAUCCAAAAAUUAAAAUAGUUACUUAUUACACAAUGAUUAUUUAAUAAUUUUAAAUAAAAAAAAAUAAAAAAUAAUUAAAAUAUAAAAAUAUAAAUAAAUAAUAAUAGACUAUUAUUUAAUAUUUU